CUGCUCAUCAAGUGUUACAAUCCAAGUGAAUCCUGAGAAUCUCAGUAAUGUCAAGAGUCAGUCACCGGGAACUCUAAAAGAUACAUAUUAGGAGAUGUACAGAGAUCAAAAUAUAAACUUUUUGAACGAAAAGCUUCAUUGCGUAGACAGACUCAGAUCAAAAUUGUUAUAUACUUGACAAUGAACAAAUCAAAAUUAACCACACCCAUAAUUUACAUCUGGUUUUGCAAUGAUCAACUCAAAUGGAACUUCAACACUCUCCCUAACUAGGCAUCGAGCUUCCCCACCCUCCAUCACCAGGACUUUCCCAGGUGGACAUCUAGUGGUUGCUUUCUUUUCUUCGGUUGUUAGAUGUUGAAAGCUCAAAAACUUGAGCGGGGUGAUUCUUUUGGCAAGGUUAGAUGAACUCAGUACACAAAUCACACCAAGGGGAAGCACUGUCUUGGCAACUGUAAUAAGUAUGCAUCCCAAACCUUUACUUGAGUUGUUGGAUUCUGUUUGUUUUUUAUUUCUCUGGUACCUGUUGAUAUCCUUCUUUGCUUCAUUUGUUGAACCAUUAAUGCUGACCCCAUUUGAUGCUGGCUUGCUUGUUGACUUUAAGCGUGACAAAUAGUCACCGUCCAAAACCAAGGACCGUGGGGGGCAACUUGGAUAUGGAGGAAGGAGGAGACUGUUGGUGUUCUCUACUGUUUCGCCAGCGAAAGUGGAAGCCUCAUGUAUCACUUCCAAGUCUUCUCCUUUGUAGUCCUUAAGCUUCUCCAGUAAUAUUUUGCGGCUGUAAUCAAUCUCAGUAAGGGCAACCUCUCUCUCAUACUAUUGUUGUUGUUGUAGAUUCUGGCAAUCAAGAGCAAACUUAUAAAAAAUUCAACCCAUAAGAAUUCAAAAACAUUAUACAAUAAUGUAUUUUCUCUAGGUAUGGGCUCUCAAGUUAGAUUUGCUACUCAAAGCUUUGAUAAGAAUGAUAGAAAUAUCUUCUCCCUACCUUUUCUGAAAAAAAAAACAUACAUAGAU